UUUAAAUAACCGAGUACACCGCUCGAUAAAGAAACAAACAAAAAAAAAAAACAGGGUUGGACCAAUCUUGACCAGUCUUAGGUAGUCGCUCUUAAAAAGGAGACAUUUCUCGGCGUAAGUGUUCAUACAUCAAAAGAAUCAGACGAGUGGGUUGAUUAAGUAACCAUCAUCUUAGACCAUUUGGGAAAACCAAGGAACCAGCUGUGAAGUCCGGGUAGAUGAAGAAAAUUGUUCUCAAAGGAAGAAAAACAAUUUUAACCUCUUUGACGAAAACAAUUACUUGGCGAUGGGAAGUUUCCAAGUUUUGUUUCGUCCCUUCAGCUCACUCUUCAUAACCGCUGGAUUCAUUACUCCAUUCAUCGCGGGCUCUUGCAUUAGCGGCAACUGUUUCGCAACAUUCCACCUCGUCAUCGGAGAGAACAUGGUGGAUGGCCACGCCCUAGUUGGUCACGUGUUUGCCAAUGUCUCAGUGACCAAAGUGAUAGAUUGCUACAGAGCAUGCCAACCAAACUGCCGCUGUAUCUCCUUCAACUUCCUGAAAUAUUCCAACCAAGAUAACUGUCAACUGAAUAAGGAAAACCGACAUUUAAAGCCCGGUGCCUUGCAGGCGAUGGAAGACUCUCAGUACUACGAUCUGGUCGUUCGCUACAACAUUGCGAGCAAUUCUGCAGUUUCAGCAUCGUCUGGAUGCACUCAGUGUUCCAACCGUUGUUGCAAAGAUCAACCGUGUCUCAAUGGAGGAACAUGUCGGGAAAACUGUCAGGAGACCGGAAAACGAUUCAUCUGCGACUGUUCGGGAUUUAUUGGCCAGAUCUGUGAGCAGGAGUGUCAGGGCGCCCUUGGCAUGGAGAGCCGUGCAAUAACUGACGGACAAAUAAGCGCCUCUACCAGAUAUAGUUCCCGUCAUGUUGCUUCUAACGCCAGACUUCACAAUCAAGCAAGCACAAACAGCGACGGGGUCUGGGAACCAUCAAUAAAAAACACCAAUCAGUGGCUUCAGAUCGAUUUGGUCACGCAAUUCAGCGUGACACGGGUGGCAACACAGGGAAGACAUGAUCGUUGGCAUUGGGUAACUAACUAUCAUUUACAGUAUAGUAACAACGGGUCGACCUUCCAGUUUCAUAGAGAGCGAGGAAAACAUAUAAGCAAGGAAUUUUCAGGAAACAGCGACAGUACAUCUGUGGUGUCACAUGACCUGAUUCCACCAAUCAUGGCGCGUUACAUUCGUUUCUGCCCAUUGGCUUGGCACUGGCAGAUAGCCAUGAGAGUGGAGCUGUAUGGUUGUCAUGAUUGUCACCGCGCCCUCGGUAUGGAAAGCCGUGCAAUCCUUGACGGUCAAAUUAGUGCCUCGUCACAGUAUAGUAUAUUCCACGCUGCUGUUUACGCCAGACUCCACAAUAAAGCAGUUCAAAAUGUACACAACGAGGCCUGGGAACCAUCAACAUCAGACGCAAAUCAGUGGCUCCAGAUUGAUUUGGUCACACAACACGGCGUGACUCGCGUGGGAACUCAAGGAAGAUACCAGCUCACUCAUUGGGUGACCAAAUAUAAUCUGCUGUACAGUAGCGACGGGUCGACCUUCCAGUACUACAAAGAACGAGGACAAAGUAUAACGGAAUUAUCUGGAAACACAGAUGGUACCACUGUAGUGUCACAUGACCUUAUUCCAGCAAUCCUGGCGCGUUACAUUCGUUUCCGACCAUUGGCUUGGCACCGGGUGAUAGCCAUGAGAGUGGAGCUGUAUGGUUGCCAAGUGAGACCGAACCAAAAGAAAAAGCUAUCCUGUGACGCUAACCAGCUUGAAAUGGAAAUUUGGCCUACCUGCCUUUGCCACAGCAUAAUUCCAUUGCUCAUAACCGCUGGAUUCAUAAUUCCAUUCACCACGGGCUCCUGCAGCGACGACAAGUGUCCCGCCUCAUUCUAAUUCAUUAUUGGAAGGAACAUGGUGGAUGGGCACGCCCUAGUUGGUCACGUGUUUGCAAAUGUCUCAGUGACCAAAGUGAUGGAAUGUUACAGAGCAUGCCAACCAAACUGCCGUUGUAUCUCCUUCAACUUUUUGAAAUAUUCCAACCAGGAUAACUGUCAACUGAAUGAGGAAAACCGGCACCUAAAGCCCGGUGCCUUGAUGGCAAAGGAAGACUCUCAGUACUACGAUCUGGUUGUUCGCUACAACAUAGCGAGCAAUUCUGCAGUUUCAGCAUCGUCUGGAUGCACUCAGUGUUCCAACAAUUGUUGCAAAGAUCAACCGUGUCUCAAUGGAGGAACAUGUCGAGAAAACUGUCAGGAGACCGGAAAACGAUUCAUGUGCGACUGUUCGGGAUUUAUUGGCCAGAUCUGUGAGCAGGAGUGUCAGGGUGCCCUUGGCAUGGAGAGCCGUGCAAUAACUGACGGACAAAUAAGCGCCUCUACUAUAUGGAAUUCCCGUCAUUUUGCUUCUAACGCCAGACUUCACAAACAAGCAAGCGCAAGUAGCGGCGGGGUCUGGGAACCAUCAAUGAAAAAUGCCAAUCAGUGGCUUCAGAUCGAUUUGGUCACGCAACUCAGCGUGACACGCGUGGCAACACAAGGAAGACCAGAUGGUCUGCACUGGGUGACUAAAUAUCAUUUACAGUAUAGUAACAACGGGUCGACCUUCCAGUUUCACAGAGGGCGAGGAAAACAUUUUAGCAAGGAAUAUUCAGGAAAUAGCGACAGUACAUCUGUGGUGUCACAUGACCUGAUUCCACCAAUCAUGGCGCGUUACAUUCGUUUCCGACCAUUGGCUUGGCACUGGCAGAUAGCCAUGAGAGUGGAGCUGUAUGGUUGUCAUGAUUGUCACCGCGCCCUCGGCAUGAAAAGCCGUGCAAUCCUUGACGGUCAAAUUAGUGCCUCGUCACAGCAUAGUAUAUACCACGCUGCUGUUUACGCCAGACUCCACAAUAAAGCGGUUCAAAAUGUACGCGAAGAGGCCUGGGAACCAUUAACAUCAGAUGCAAAUCAGUGGCUCCAGAUUGAUUUGGUCACGCAACACGGCGUGACUCGCGUGGCAACUCAAGGAAGAUACAGGAUUAAUCACUGGGUGACAAAAUAUAAUCUGCUGUACAGUAGCGACGGGUCGACCUUCCAGUACUACAAAGAGCGAGGACAAAGUAUAACGGAAUUAUCUGGAAACACAGAUGGUACCACUGUGGUGUCCCAUGACCUUACUCCACCAAUCGCAGCACGUUACAUUCGUUUUCGACCAAUAGCUUGGCACAAGGUGAUAGCCAUGAGAGUGGAACUGUAUGGUUGCCAAGGUAUCUAAAGCAACAAGAGAGGAUUGCCAAACCAGGGACGGAAAAUAAAGAUCUCUUUAUGAUCUCUUCUGAGUAUGCUGUCAAUCUUACAUAAUGGAACUCAACUGUUAACGAGUGGUUCAUGCGUCAGUUUGCGUUAAUUGAUAUAUGAAGCACAUAGUGAGAUUUAAAGAAAGAUAAAAGAUUGCUUGGUGAAUUUGUUACGAAGACGGCUUCAAGAAAAACAAGAGUGAAU